CCACUGCAGAGGGACCAAAGGGCCACUGCAGAGGGACCAAAGAACCACUGCAGAGGGACCAAAGGGCCACAUGUGGCCCCAGAGCCGCAGGUUGCAGACCCCUGGUCUAUACAUUCCUGUCACUGCUCAGCCCACUCAGGCCAGGUCCCAGACCGUGCAGGUCCUACCCGAACAGGCCAGGGUCGUGCAGACUCAGGGUGUGCAGCAGGGUCUGGAAGUCCUGCAGGGUCCAGGGCUCUGUGCCCGGCUCCACGGCCGAGGCGCAGCUGCUGCUGCCCGGGCUGGUGACGCUCUGCGGGUCGUUGAAGGUCACCAGCAGGUCCGUGGAGAACUGCGGKAGGCGGAACAGACCCAGAGACAUGUUCACGGUGUUCCUGGCCUCCUCGUUGAACUUGGACACCAGCUGGGUUCCGGUCAGGGUCCAGGCGGAGCUGCACUCCGWCAGGGACAGGUCGGCCCGGGCCAGGCCCGCCACACCGGACACCUGGAGGGCUCCGGGCUCCAGAGCCUCGUUGCUGCCCGCGAUGUCCAGGAAGUGGAACCUGGCUGCGUCCUGGUCGGCCACCUGAGCCUGGUACUCCAGCAGCUCCACGAUCAGGCUCUGGUCGGUGUGGGGGUGGGCGAACACCUCCUGGUUGUCCGGGACCUCCCUCAGCUCGCUGAUGUCCGUGGCGUUGAGCGGGACCACCGCGGACAGCGAGCCUCCGAACAGAGCCCGGGCCCGAGGCGCUGCUCCUGCUCCGGGACUCUGCAUGUCUGCUGGAGGAAACAGCAGAGAACUGUCCGCUCCGACAAAACAACAGGUUUUAUUAAAAACAACCCGAGAAACCUUCUGGAGGAGGACUCUGAUGAAGAAGAAGACUUUUUUCUGAGGGGGCACACAGGAGCCAGGUUUGGACCUCAGAAGGACAAAAUGAAGCAGGUGCAGUCGCAGGUGGACGAGGUGAUCGAUGUGAUGCAGGAGAACAUCUCCAAGGUGAUCGAGAGGGACGAGCGUCUGGAAGACCUGCAGGACAAGUCAGAGAGCCUGUCGGACAACGCGUCGGCCUUCAGUAGCCGAGCCAAGCAGCUGCACAGGAGGAUGUGGUGGAGAGAUGUGAAGAUGAAGAUGAUCAUCGCUCUGGUUGUUCUUGUUGUUCUGCUGGUUAUCAUCAUCCCAGUGAUCCUUCGAUAUCGUAACUGAUGAUGAGGAUGAGGUCCAGCCUUCCUCCUCCUCUUUUCCUUGCAUCUUCUUCAUCUCAUCGUCCUCCAGUCCAGGACCAGCGUCAGUCUGUCCACGCUGCAGGAUCUGCCUCCGAUCUUUAAAUCACAUUCCUUCACUGGCUCCAUGAGACAUGUCCUGUAGGCCUGUGCCUGUCCUGUAGUCCUGGGCCUGUCCUGUGGUCCUGGGCCUGUCCUGGGCCUGUCCUGUGGUCCUGGGCCUGUC